AUGGCGGAAAAAGAAUUAAAAUCAUCGUGUUUGAUAACGAGAAGAAGAAGAGUUAGACAUCGUGAUAAAAUAUUUUCAUACGUUGGUCUUUUAACAUUAUAUUUAUUGAUUCAUUUGGUAUUUUCAUCAUCAAAAACAAACGAAACGAAAAUAAUUGAUGGCGUAACGGAAAAAUUACAUAAACACGAUGAUGGUGUCGUACCAACAUGGCGUCCUAGAAGAGAAAAUUGUACACCACCAGCAAUCGAACAAUUUCCGAAACCUUUAAUGGGUCCAACGGCAAGAAAAAAUGGCGGAAUUAUAAUACACAUAUUGGUUGCUAUUUAUGCUUUUAUUGCAUUGGCGAUUGUUUGUGAUGAUUAUUUUGUUUCUUCUUUGGAUAGGAUAUGCGAAGAAUUAAAAUUAUCACCGGAUGUUGCCGGUGCGACAUUUAUGGCGGCUGGUUCUUCUGCACCUGAAUUAGCAACCGUCGUUAUUGGUGUUUUUUUUGCCAAAGAUGAUAUAGGCGUGAGCGGUGUCAUAGGUUCAGCCGUUUUUAAUAUAAUGUUUGUUAUAUCGAUUUGCGCUUUGUGCACGUCAACGGUUUCUUAUUUAAAUUGGUGGCCACUUUGUCGCGAUUGUUUCUUUUACGCCAUGAGUAUUCUCCUAAUGCUUUUUACCAUUUACAACGAAAAAAUAUCGUGGGGAGAAUCGUUGAUGAUGUUACUCAUGUACGGAGUUUAUUGUAUCGUUCUUCAUUAUAAUCCGAUUAUUGAAAAAUGGGCACAAACAUGGCCGGUACCUUGUAAAAGACACCCGGAAGAACAAGCCGGUUUGGUAACUUAUAAAACAUUAAACGAAGACAAAUCAAGAAGGCCGAGCAUAGUACAAAGUCCAGAUAAAAUUCAAUUUGGCGAUUUAAACGUUCAAUUAGAACAAGAACAAAAUCAACAAAAUUUAUAUGCGGAUUCAACGAAACCUCAAUUGAAUACUCCAGAUUAUUACAAACCGAAAAUUCCAGAAGCAACGGAAACUUCGCCGUUGAUAAAACCGACAGAGGGUGGUAUUAUUGCAUUGGUAUCUUGGUACCUAACCGUACCUAUACAUUACAUGUGUACUUUAACACUUCCGGAUUGCAAAUCCGAAAAAUAUAAAAAUUGGUAUCCGUUUACAUUUGUACUAUCAAUGAUAUGGAUAUCAUUUUAUUCUUACAUAAUGGUUUGGAUGAUAACAAUUUGUGGAAGCACGAUGGGAAUACCGGAUACAGUUAUGGGUCUUACAUUUGUUGCUGCCGGUGUAUCAGUACCGGAUGCUCUUUCAUCAUUGGCCGUUGUUAAAGAAGGUUAUGGUGACAUGGCCGUAUCGAAUGCGGUCGGAUCGAAUGUUUUCGAUAUAUUGAUUUGUUUGGGUCUUCCUUGGUUCAUACAAACGGCAUUAAUUAAACCUGGAUCUCACGUUAACGUUAUAAGCAAAGGUUUAUCAUAUUCUACUUUAUCACUUUUAUCAACGGUACUUUUUCUUAUCGUUGCAACACACAUGAACGGUUGGAAACUUGAUAAAAAAUAUGGCGUCAUAUUAAUGAUAUGGUAUUUAUUAUUUAUCACAUUUGCCAGCUUGUACGAAUUGAACGUUUUUGAAACGACUAAUAUUCAAAAAUUACAAAAUAGAAUACUCGAUGUGAAAGAUUAA